GUUAUUAAUAAAGGUGGUUAGAUUUGAGGGAGGAUGGCCUAGAUGUUAUGAGUGUGGGUUUUUUAAAGGUUUGAUGAAACUUAAAUGUUUUAGGUUUACUUACUUUGAUUUGUUAGUAGUUUUUGUUAUUUUUGAUUUAGAAAUAUCUCUAUUACUAAAUAUGCCUACUCAAGGGUUAAUGUAUUGGAGUUUUAUAGGUUUAUUAAUUCGGGUAAAAUUUUUAGAACCUUAUUAUAAAGUUAUACCAUUAGAUUGUUAUAAUUUUUUGGUUACUAAUCAUGGUAUAAUUAUGAUUUUUUUCUUUUUAAUGCCAAUUUUAAUUGGAGGAUUUGUAGUUAGCAUGUAUUUAGGAGCGGGUAUUGGGUGGACAUUUUAUCCUCCUUUGUCAUCAUCUUUAUUUUCAGAAAGUAUUGGUGUAGAUUUUUUAAUGUUUUCGUUACAUUUGGCUGGUGCUUCUAGGAUUUUUAUGACUAAUAUUUUUUCUCGUACAUCUAUUGUACUUUGGUCUUAUUUGUUUACUUCUAUUUUAUUAUUGGUAACUUUACCAGUUCUAGCGGCUGCUAUUACAAUGUUGUUAUUUGAUAAUAAAUUUAGUUCUGCUUUUUUUGAUCCUUUAGGCGGUGGUGAU